ACUGAGGACCAUCUCCGAGAAACUACUGCGCUACGAAGUGUGGCCCGCCUAGCCCACAGGAUAAUAACCGGAUAAGGGGCAUGCAAUGCACGCCCAGGUGGCCGUGCUCCUCGCCGCCGGCGCCCCUCCGCCACCGUGGCCGCCUCACCCCUCGUGGCACCAUCGCCAGAUCCCUUGCCGUCGGCCUUUCAAGCCGCCCCACUCUCUGCGCGACGGCGGCGGCGGACAGCCGCCGCCCCCGGUCGUGGUCCCAGCUUCGAAGAGGCGCGCCUGGCCGGCCGUCUCGGCGGCGCUGUUCGGUGCAGGGUUCCUCCUGGGCCCGCUCCUCGACGGAAUCCACUCCCGCGUCGGCCUCCAGGUGUACGGGAACGGCGCCCUCGAAGCCGGGGCCCUUCGCACCCACGUCCUGGUGCCGCCCCUGCUCGGCGCGUUCUACCUCACCGUCGGCCUGCUCCACCUGUUCCUGGACGAGAGGGCGCCCCCGAAAUCCAGGGCCACCGGGACCGCGCGGAGGACGGCGACGUCGCUGCUCGUUCUUGCGCUGUUCAUCGAGACGAGCGCGGAGAUGUACAGGGCAGGGGUGGCGAGCAACGUGGAGGCCUACGUCCUGUUCGCCGGCGCGGAGUUUGCGUGGCUCUUCCUCGAUGGCUCCUGGCUGGGCUUCGCCGUCGCCUGCCUCGUCGGCACGGUUUGCCCGCUCGCGGAGAUCCCGCUGAUCAAGUUGCUUGGGUGCUGGAGCUAUCCGAACGCCGACGUCCACCUGCUCGGCGAGCAGGGGCUGGUGAGCUGGACGACGACGUGCUACUUCGUCUACACCCCGUUCCUGGCGAACCUGGCGAGGUGGCUCGAUUCACGGCUGGCAAUAAACAAGGACGUCGCGGACGCGGAGGGAGGCGACGAGGCAGCUCGGUCUUGAGUCACACCGGCGGGAACACCAGCCGGCGUAUCCCGGGCUUGGGUCCAUGCGGACUGGAGUUUAGUGCUCGGAGCAGCAGUGCUGUUCGUCUAAAGGCGAUGCGGCCUUAAUUUUACGAUGAUGGCCGGGAACCAUGUCCGGUGGGCCGGGCCGGGCCGGGGGAGGAGAACGAUGGGUACGGUUGCGCAUAACUUUUGUUAUAAUGAUCUGAAAGCAUGGCCGCAUUGAUACGGUUGGAUGCGUGGGAUUUGUCUUCAGGAAAAAGGGCGAAAGGCACUCCUGGGGCGAUGUUCGUGGCGACAGGUGUUCUGAAUUCUGAUACGGUUUAGUCUUUUCGCUCUGAUUGAACGCGCACUACUACACCAGUACACCUGAGAAAUAGAGUGUCUUGUGUUGUUCUGCUUUGGAUGCACACCGCAGAAAAUGAGCUUAUUGCGGAUU